UUAAAAAAAAAAAAAUACUCGCAAACAUCUCUUUUGACCAUUAAAAAUGUCCGUUAAACUUAUACAUAUAGACAUAGGGAGAGAGAGAGUGGUGUUUUAGAGAGAGAAAAAAGAAAUGUGUUCUAAAGUGAUACAAAGAAGCCACCCGCGUUUCCCUCUCACCGCCACUGCCACCGCCACAACCCGGACCUCCAUGUCCGACCCGUUUCUCCGCUUCUCAUUCACCACCCGCCUUCCCAAAGCCCGGGUCUCAAUCCGAACCCGACCAUUCCGAACCAAAGCCUCUUUCAACGAUGGCUCCGUGGCUUCGAUGGGGGCCGAUACGGUGAGCUUCUACGAGCUUCUGGGAGUCUCAGAGACAGGAACGCUGGUGGAGAUAAAGCAGGCGUACAAGCAGCUUGCCCGGAAGUACCACCCGGACGUGUCGCCUCCGGAUCGGGUCGAAGACUAUACCCGAAGGUUCAUACGGGUUCAAGAGGCGUACGAGACUCUUUCGGAUCCGAGGCGGAGGGCUCUGUAUGACAGCGACAUGGCGAAGGGGCUUCACCUCGCUUUCUCUGCUAGGAGGCGUUACCACUCCCAUCAGAACCAGCAAAUGGAAGAAAGAAGCGAGUGGAAGACGCGAUGGCAGGCACAACUAUCAGAGCUGAAGAGAAGAAGCAUGAACAAGGAUGCUCGUGGAAAUAUGUCGUGGGGAGCACGAAUGCGGAGGCAGAGGAAUGACUCAUAGUCGUGUCGACUCAAUUAUGAAUAAGUCCUCCAAUCUUACUCGUACAAGUAGCUUUUGUUUUCACCUUAUAGAUGGUUUUGAGUGGGGAGAGAGUAUUAUCUGUACUAUUUGGUUACCAUUGCUAAUCACGCAGUAUUGAGAGGCUUAUUGUCCACCCAAUAUCAACCUUAUAUAUUGUGGGCUAUUUUGGGAAGUUGGCUAAAAGUCACUUUUUUUUGAUUUGUAGCAAAAGUCAAAAGUUCGUUUUUU